UCUCACAUAUCAUACCUGCUCAGUUUAAUCUGGAGCAAAUGUAUCAUGGCCCGCGCUAAGGAACUCAAAAGUAAACUCCACCAGCAGCACAAGCGAACAAGCUGGACGCGAUUCCAUCUGCCCCGACGGCAGGAUUGGCCGAUAUGGUCGACGGGGCACUUAGAUGCGCAUUCCAGUCCUCUUGCGACCGUGCCGGGGUGCCAAAAGGUCUGGCUAGGGAGAAACACCGACGAUCCGGAACAGGCUGCCUUGAUUAUCCUCUGGGAGUCGGCGGAAGCUCUGAAAAACUUCCAAAGCUCCCCCGCGUGUGCCGAAUUUCUCCAAGGCUUACCCGAGGAGGACGUGCAGCCCUCGCCCGCACCAGGCGCAUUGCUGUGGAGCGCAUCCAUGGACGACGCCGCAUCAUCAUCAUCAGCGACAUCAGCGCGGUUUGUCAGCUUCCAGUGGAAUAGCGGCUACCGGUUUGAAGAGGAUCUCCAAGGCCGCGUGACGCUGACUAUCCUCGCGAUACCAUACACAGGCGACCCCGUCCCCGAGCCAUGGGCCAGCGCCGUGCACAGCACGUUCGACCAGUUUCUUCCUGAAGGGUGCGAGGAUCUCAGUGCUCAGUGGCCGGGUGCGCGCAUGCAUUUCUGGACGGCGUGGGCGUGGGUUGACGGCGGCAUCCCGCAACAGCAGGAAGGGGGGGAGGAGGAAAAUGUAGCAGCGGGAAAGAAGAAGAAGAAGAAGAAGAAGAAGAGCGACCAGGCGUUUUUAUGCGAGUUCCGCCGGUGGAACGGGUACCACGGCGCCACUCCGGAGUUGGAAGAGUUCUUGGCGAAAAGUCCGCGGGCAAGGCAGUCGUGGGCCGAGACGGUAGCGAAAGUGAUGCCUCCAGUUACGGCCUGGGAUCAAGAGCGUUGGGACGUCCGGUUGAUGCCGGAUUAUAUUAGUCUGGGCGAGGAUGAGGAGGAAGAGGAAGAGGAAGACCUGGACGAAGAGGAUGAGGAGUACGAACGAAAUAUGAACGAGUUCCUCAAACAACUAGAUUGAUAAUUACAGGUGCCUAGAGGUAGGUAGGUAUAGGAUUCAUAACCCUAUUCAUAGACUUCAGACUCCGUAUAAACUAUAUUGACC